AUGUCGCAGACGGUGGGAAAAACACGUCUCGCCUACUCCAGGACAUGGCACUACAUUGAUGUCGGUACAGACGGCCGUUCCCUCGGCCGUGUCGCCUCCGCAAUUGCAAUGCAUCUCAUGGGCAAACACAAGCCCAUCUACGACCCAUCCACGGACUGCGGUGACUACGUCGUUGCUGUGGGAUGCCAUGAUUUACAUACAACCGGCAAAAAGCGUUUGCAAAAGAAAUAUUAUACGCACACGACCCGGCCCGGUAGUUUGAAGAGUAUGACUAUGGAUAAGAUGUUUGAGAAAUGGGGUGGUGGUGAGGUUUUGAAGAGGGCUGUUAGGGGCAUGUUGCCCAAGAAUCGAUUGAGGGAUAAGAGAUUGGCGAGACUUAAAACAUUCGAAGGCCUCCAGCAUCCUUACAAAAAGAACAUUAUCAAAAUUGGCGGAACGAGCGUGCUAGGGCCGGAUCACCUGCCCGAGAUCAAGAGAGUUUUCGAAAAGGCCAAGACGACCACAGAAUCAGCCCCAGCUUCUCAAUGA